AUGGCGGCGCCCAGACUGCCUCCGGCCCGGCUGUCCGGCGUCAUGGUGCCCGCGCCCAUCCAGGACCUGGAGGCCCUCCGCGCGCUGACUGCGCUCUUCAAGGAGCAGCGCAAUCGAGAAACAGCCCCCAGGAGCAUCUUCCAGAGAGUUCUGGGCAUCUUAAAGAAGUCCUCCCAUGAUAUUGAACUGGCCUGCAGGGAUCCUUCCCAAGCAGAGCACCUGGCUUCCAGCCUGCAGCUGAUCACCGAGUGCUUCAGGUGUCUGCGGAACGCCUGCAUCGAGUGCCCCGUGAACCAGGACUCCAUCAGGAACUUGGAUACAAUUGGUGUUGCAGUUGAAUUGAUUCUUCUUUUCCGUGAACUGCAAACGGAGCAGGAAUCCCUGUUGACAGCUUUCCGCUGCGGCCUGCAGUUCCUGGGCAACGUGGCCUCACGGAAUGAAGAGUCCCAGUCUGUCGUUUGGACCCAUGCUUUCCCGGAACUCUUCUUUACCUGCUUAAAUCAUCAUGACAGAAAGAUUGUGGCCUACUCGUCAAUGAUUAUGUUCACAACCCUUAAUCCUGAGAGAAUGCAUGAGCUGCAGGAAAACCUCAAUAUCGCCAUCGGCGUCAUAGAAGCUCACCAGAUGCAGCCCGAGUCAGAGUGGCCGUUCUUGGUUAUUACAGACCAUUUUCUGAAAAACCCGGAAUUGGUGAAAGCCAUGUACGCCAGACUGAGCAAUCAAGAAAGGGUGACGUUUCUAGACCUCAUGAUAGCCAAAAUCGUGGGUGAUGAUCCCCUGACCAAGGAUGACAUCCCUGUGUUCUUGAGCCACGCAGAGCUGGUCGCCAGCACUUUUGUGGCUGACUGCAGGAGUGUGCUCAGGUUGACCUCAGAGCACCAGGCCGAGGAUGAGGAGGUUUUGGCGAUAAUUCGGCUUCUUGAUGUUCUCUGUGAAAUGACUGCUAACAGUGACCUGCUCACUUACCUCCAGGGCUUCCCUGGCUUGCUGGAGAGAGUGAUUGAUCUUUUACGAUUGGUUCACGUGGCUGGAAAAGAUACCACAAACCUCUUUGCUCCCACUGGUUGUAUAAAGGCAGAGAGUGACAUCUCGAGUGUGGCUGACGGGUUUAAGUCUCAUCUCAUCCGUCUGAUUGGAAAUCUGUGCUACAAGAAUAAAGAAAACCAAGACAAGGUGAACGAGCUGGACGGCAUUCCGCUGAUCCUGGACAACUGCAGCGUUGAUGACAGUAACCCCUUCUUGACCCAGUGGGUGGUGUACACCAUCCGGAACCUCACUGAAGACAAUAGCCAAAACCAAGACUUGAUUGCAAAGAUGGAGGAGCAGGGGCUGGCGGACGCGUCUGUACUCAAGAAAAUGGGUUUUGAAGUUGAAAAGCAGGGUGAGAAGCUGAUCCUGAAAUCUACUAGUGAGGCGCCCCAGCCGGUGAGUACUCCUGGGGGGCCCGUCCCCCCAUGA